UUUAGUUUCGAUAUCUCUUUUAUGUUCAUUGUGUUUUGUCCUUUGUAUUAGCUAGCUAUGUGUUCUUGUUCUUCCUUCUUCAUAAAAACACAAACACAAUUUAGUAAGACAAGUUGUUCCUCGUUCUUCCAAUUCCUCGCAGCUUACUUCCAAGCUCUCUCUAUUUGCUUCAUGGAGUCUCUAAAAUCAAAAUGCAAAACUCUCAUCAAUAGCAUAAACUGUUUUGGAUACCGAAAAAGUGGAAGAUCUUUAGUUGUGGAAGUCGAUGAGCUAUCAAAGGGGCUCAAGAUCCAAAGGAAGGUUGUGAAAAAAGAUGGUGGUUCAUCAGACGGUUUCUGGAGCACAAGUACAUGUGAUAUGGAGCACAAUGUCACGAUUCGAUCACAAUCUUCAAACCCGCCUUUUGAUCCCCGGUUCAGCACAAGCAACUCUACCCAAUUCGUAAACCAUGGGCUUGCUCAAUGGAACCAAACAAGACAACAAUGGCGUGAAUGCAGAACCAGCCAACAAUGUCGAGUUUCGGAACCUGCAAUAAGCUGGGACUCGACAUAUGACAGCUUAUUGAGCACAAACAAGCCUUUUCCUCGACCGAUACCUCUUCAGGAUAUGGUGCAUUUUCUUGUUGACAUUUGGGAGGAAGAAGGCUUGCACAUGUGAUACAUUUAACAAAAUAUUUUACACAUAAGAAAGGCUAAUAAACACAAUUUAAAUGUAUUUUUUCCUUAAGUUCGAUGUGAUUCUUUUGUUAUUUUGUAAAACACAGUAUAUAUCAUUGUAGCUAGUACAUUUCACCGGAGAGAUCUGAAUGAAACAAAAUAUGAAAUCUGAUUAGGUUCUGGUCUUUAAACCCUGGGAUUAAAAAAAUGAUAAUACCUUGUGUUGUAAGUAAUGCAGGUGUGUGAGUAU